CGCGGAUCGAUUCCGCUUCCCGAGUCAAAGGCCUCGCCUCUGACAGCCCCGAAGGCUGUUUGGGUCCCCUUCGAGUCCCCUUGGGUCCCCUUCGGCUGCACCCCCUCGGUCGUUCCCCCGAUAGCUUCCUCCACAGGGUGCGGUGCCCCGUUAUUAACCCAACGCCGGCGGGCGCUUGGCGGGGACGAAUCCCGAAGAGACCGGCGAAGCCUACGGUGUUGCCUUGAACCUCCCGCCGCGAAGGAGCGAGCAUGGCCGGCAGGAGCCGCGGGGCCGACAGGGGUCGGGGUCGGGAUCGGGAUCGUCAGAAUGAAGAUUUGAAAAGAAAGCUGGGGCUGCUGCCAUUUCCCGAUGGUGAUGGCGGGGGUUACGAUGAUGGUGAUGGCGAUGAUGGGGAUCUGGAGGCAGAGUUGGCGGCUCUGGUCGGGGGGACGGAGGGCAGAGCCAAGAAGGAGAAGCCACGCGGAAAAGGUGUCACCCCGGGAGCGUUGGAGGAGAUCGCUCGGAUGGCAGCAGUGUGCAUGAGGGACGAUGAUGAUGGUGAUGAUGGCGAUGAUGGCGACCUGGAGAUGGACAUGGAGUUAUUGGCUGAGCUGCAGGAGGUGAUGGAAGACGUUGAGACAGAAGCCCCGGUCUCCAAACCACAGCCCCAGCCCCAAGCCGUGAUCCCUACACACUCACAGCCCAUGGUGUCUCUGCUGGAGUCCCGUGUCUCACUCUACGCUGAAGCUGUCUCCAACGCUCGCCUGGCGGGGGAAAGCUCCAAAGCUCGUCGAUUCGAGCGUGGACUCAAGAGCUGCCAGGAUUUGCUGAAAGCUGCCAAGUCCGGCCGCUCCAUCUCCGAGGAGGACAUACCGCCGCCCGUGGCCACAGGAAACAAAACCCGGGAGGCAAAGCCGGAACCGGAUCCAAAACCAGAAGUUAAACCGGAGCAAAAGCCGGAAGUGAGACCCAAACCGGAAGUGAAGCCGAAGCCGGAAGUUGCACCAAAACCGGAAGUGAAGCCGCCACCAGCCGUGAAACCGGAAGUGAGCCCGGAGCAAAAGCCGGAAGUGAGACCCAAACCGGAAGUGCAAGCGAAACCGAAAAUGAGUCCGGAACCGGAGCUGAAACCAAAACCAGGAACGGAACAGAAACGGGAGCCAGAGCCCGGGAACAGAUCUGGAUCGGAGGAUCCAUCUCCCCUGCUGUUGGAUCUGCGUCAACGCCAGAGGGAGUACUCGGUAGCAGCGCUGGCCGCCAAGAAACACGGAGACACGGAGACAGCCAUGGCAUAUUUUCGGACAGCCAAGUCGUUUGACGCUGUUAUCUCUGCGCUGUUGAGAGGGGAACGCGUCGACCUGUCCAACGCUCCUCCUCCUCCUGCUGCUCCUGCUGCUGCUGCUCCAUCUCCUGCUGUGCCGGUGAACGUCGCUCCAAGUCCCAAAGUUGGAGGUCCGGAACCACAGACAAAACCUCCCCCCUCGCUACCCGACACGCCGCUGUCCGCGCUGGAGGCUCGUCUGUCUGCCUACAGAGACAUCGCAGCUCAGGCCAAGAAGGAGGGGAACAGUGCUAAGGCUCGGAGACACGAACGCAUCGCCACGAGCUAUGUGGACGCUAUCAAGGCUCUGAAGGCUGGGAAGCCGGUGGACUUCAGCGAGCUUCCAGCUCUGCCCUCAUUCCCUCCCAUCCCGGGAGUCGUGGGAUCGGGGGGUGAGGACGCUGUCGUUGCCUCCCUGGCGAGCCUGGACAGACACGGAGACCUGCAGAGCGCGGAGAUGGAGACGGGGGAGAGUGGGCAGAGGAGUGGGGAGAAGAUGGAGAGAGCUCCUGCUGCUACUCGCUCGGUGGCUCCUCCAACCACUCCCCAGCCAGUUCCUGGACCUACCCAGUCAGUUCCUGGACCUACCCAGCCAGUCACAAAAUCACCAGCUGCCUGCCAGCAGCAGCUGCAGCUGCGCCUGCUGCAGCGACGCCGCACCCUGCUGCACGCCGCUGCGCUGCGCUGCAAGGAGAGUGGGGACCUGGCGGGUGCCAAGGUGCUGCUCAAGCAGCGGCGUGGAGUGGACGCCUUCCUGGAGCACUGCCAGGCCGGAAUGCCAGUGGACAUCGCCCAGAUUCCGGCACCACCUCCGCUGCCAGACUCGGACUUUGAGUUUGUGUCUCGACGAGAGGCUCGGGACUCUGAAAGACACCACGAGGAGUACUCGCGGCUCGGCCACGUCCUCAGGGCACAGCAUAGCAAAUGCCAGGAGAUUGCUCAGCAGUUCACACUCCUGGGCAACAUCACGGAGAUCGCAAAGUACGAGGCGAUGGAGGAUGAGGUGGCUACCCAGUUGGAAUUCCUGCGCAAGGCCCACAGCCUGGGCCUGCCUCCGCCUAAGUCGCACCAGGAGAAGCGCACCAUGAGGGCCAUCCGAAUAAAUGCUCACCUCUCCGCCUUGGAGAUGGAGUUGCUGAUCGUGAAGGGGAUAAACCUUCCUGCUCCAUCCGGAUACUCCCAGGGGGAUCUCAACUCCUUCAUUAAAUUUGAGUUUCCGUUCCCCACCUCUGAUCAACCACAAACUGACAAGACUCAAUCAGUCAAGAACUCCUGCAACCCUGUCUACAACGCCGAGUUCAAGCUGAGUAUCGUGCGCACGAACCGCACAUUCAGACGCGCCAUCUCCUCCAAGGGGAUCCGUCUGGAGCUGUACCACAAGAGGUUGUUGAAGUCUGACUUGGUGGCCUGGGCUUCGUUCCGACUCGAGAAACUGGAGACUCAGAGUCACGUCAGAGCCAUCCUGGAGAUGAUGGACGGCAGGAAGCCCACUGGAGGCAAGUUGGAGGUGGUUGCUCGCCUGAGGGAGCCUCUGGCUGGGCCUGAAUUCUACCUCUCAACAGAGAACUGGCUCAGUGUGGAGGUGGUGAACAUCGCUCCGGUGACGGUUCCCAAAUCUCUUCCUCCAGCUGCUAAGAGCGUCCCAGUGCGAAUGUGGAGCCUCGAGGUCCUCGGCCUGGAAAAGAAGCUCUGUGAUGCACAGAUGGCUGGAUUCAGGGACCGGGGGCAGCCCCUCCCCCCGGCACUCGGGGACGUGGCCGCCCGCAUUUCCCAGAGGGCUGAGCGGCAGCGGCACUUCCUGCGGAGCGGAGGCCCAGCGGCGCGCAGAGACUACACUGCGUUUCUCAAGAAUGAAUAUUCUCGCUACUCCCAAGAGGCAAAGAAAUACCACCAGUCUGGAGACAAGGAAAAGGAACACAAAGCCAUUGAACGUGGAAGACUCAUCCAGAAAGAGCUCCAUGCCUUCCAGGACUAAGAACCUAUUGGAUACGGGGCAGGAUUGCGUGACAGGACGUGGCAAAGACAUCACAUGAAGUUCUGCCCCUCCACUACCCACAAUGCAUUUCGGAAGCUACUGGUCAAUUCAACUUACUGUUAUUGGGUUAUUGGAUUCAUUGCUUAAUCCUUGGUUACUAGUUAAUUCAUUAUUAUUCAUUGGUCUCGGUGUGGUUAGUCUAUGGAUCUAUGUGUGGUGAGUCUAUGGAUCUCUGUGGUGAUUCUGUGGGUCUCUGUACGAUAUAUGUCUCGGUGUGAUGAGUGUGGGUUUCGGUGUGAUGAGUCUAUGCGUCUGUGUGGUGAGUCGAUUCUUGGUGUGGUGAGUUUAUGAGUCUGAGUCUAUCGACUCAGACUCCUAGAGAUAUAUAGACUCAGAGACACAUAGAGAUACAUAGAUACUCAGUGAGAUGCAUACUCAGAGACACAUACAAACGUAUAGAGAUACAUAGACUCAUAGAGAUGCAUAUACUCAGACUCAAUGAGAUAUAUAUACUCAUAGAGAUACACAGAGAUAGGUAGACAAAUACAAAUAAUAAAGACAGUCUUAUUCCACUGCUG